AUGUCUGAACAUACAACAACCUCGGCUAGGACCGAUGGCCCAAUUCCAGUGACGCUGCUAUCAGGUUUCUUGGGUAGUGGAAAGACAACGCUGCUCAAACAUAUUCUGACGUCCCCCGACCAUGACCUACGCAUUGCAGUGAUAGUAAACGACAUGGCAGCUCUGAAUAUCGAUGCGAACCUAGUCAGGCGGCAUGUUGUUUCAAAGACGAACGAGAGACUAAUACAGCUAGAGAACGGAUGUAUCUGCUGUUCGCUCCGCGGCGACCUUCUAGAGGAAUUGGCUCGCUUGGCUAGAGGUGGUGAAUGUGACUAUGUGGUCAUUGAGAGCACGGGGAUCAGCGAGCCCAUGCAAGUCGCAGAGACUUUCACGCAAGAGUUCACACAGGCCAUGAUCCAGGUGGCUGACGAGGGAGGUAUGGAUAACGUUGACGAUCAGAAAAUCCUCCGUGAAAUAGCCCAACUCGGUGGCUUGCAAAAGAUCGCAAAGCUGGACACACUAGUCACCGUCAUCGAUGCGUUCAACUUCUUCCUCAACUUCUCGACCACAGAUUUCAUCUCUGAACGAUGGGGGAAGGAUAAAAUAGAUCCCGAGGACGAGAGGACUGUGACUGAUCUCAUGGUCGACCAGAUCGAAUUCUCGAGCGUGAUUAUCAUCAACAAGAUCGAUGCGGUCACACCGGAAGCCCGGAGCAGGAUUCUUGCCAUUACGAAGAAGCUCAAUCCGACCGCCAAAGUCAUCGAGGGCAACUUCUGCAAAGUUAAUGUUCGCGAGGUCGUCGCUACAGGUUCUUAUGACUUUGAGAGAGCCGCCACGGGAAUGGGAUGGCUUCAGAGCCUUCACGACCUUGCCGUACGAGAUAUCAAUGGGCAGAAGAAGAUUGGUCCGACCCCAGAGACCGAAGAGUAUGGAAUCUCGAGUUUCGUAUAUCAAGCUCGACGACCCUUCCACCCAAAAAGGCUGUAUCAACAGAUUCACGACAAGUUUGUCUUGAUGGAAGGCGUCAUUGAAGAUGAGAACGAGGACAACGACACGGGAGAGGACGGUGAGGACACCGAAGAUGAUGAUGACGUCGACAGCGGCUCCAGCGACAGUCCUAAUGAAGAAGAGGAUGUUGAAGACGACGCAUCAUGGUCAGAUGUUUCCAUGGCUGAUGCAGAAGGGAAGGACGAUUUCUCCAAAUCCAUCGAUUCCCAGACUGCUUUAAAGAACAAAACCAACGACCCAAUCUUCAGAGGUCUACUACGCUCCAAAGGCUUCAUAUGGCUUGCGACUCGACCAAACCUUCAUGGAGAGUGGUCGCAGGCAGGGACAAUGUUGACUCUCCAAGGAGGUGGUCCCUGGUUCUGCGUACUAGAAGAUUGUAAGUACACACCACACGCCUCAGCCCUACUUAUACGGUUGGCUGACGAGGCGACCACAGCAAACUGGCCCGACGACGAGUCCACGCGCAACAACAUCAUGGCCGAUUUCAAGGAGCCAUGGGGCGACCGACGGCAAGAAAUCGUCUUCAUAGGAGAGAAGCUCGACCACGCCGGGCUCCAGACUGCUUUUGACGCGUGUCUGCUCACUGAUCCGGAGAUGAAGAAGUGGGAACGCACAAUGAGGCUCAAGAAUAAAGAGUCCAUUCAUGAUAAGCUUGCGGUCUUGUUCGAGGAUGGGUUCGAGGAUUGGCCUGAAUUGGUAGACGAGGACGACGAGCAUACUGGCCACGUCCAUAGCCACAAGAAUGUUUCUCAACUUCACAAAAGCUAG